ACCACAACAACCGGUCGGUGUUAACCCUAACUGAACGCCAUGAUGAAAAUGUUAAAUGGUUCGGUACAGGGUUGUUUACAAUGUUAAUUCUAGAUUUUAAUAAAAUUUGCCGAUUAUGUCUGACAAAAGGAGAAAAAAUGGUACCAAUUUUCAACGACAGCAAGAGAAGUGGGCCUAAUAUCAGCAGCCGAAUUGAAAACUGCACUUGUCUGAAGCUUAAAGAAAGUGACGGUCUCCCAGGUGCAUUAUGUACUGAAUGUCUUUCAAAGCUUGACCUCAUAAAGGCUUUCCAGGAUCAGUGUGAACGUUCAGAUAUAGUCCUGCGAGAGUUCCUUAAAAACAAAGACGCUAAACAGCAGAUUCAAAGUCUUCAAAAGCUAAGUAAAGGAAGUGAAAUGAAUAAUGGAGAAGAGUUCGUCAAAUCAGUUGAGCAAAUUGGACAAAACUUGUUAGACACCUCUAUGCAAAUACCUGUUCAAAAUAUUUCUCAGGUUCCUAUUCACAAUCUCUCCCAGAUUUCUGUUCAAAACCUUACUCAAAUUCAAAAUCUUGUACAAAUCCCAGUACAGAAUCUAGUACAAAUUCCUAUUCAAAACUUUGUUUUGAGUCCUGUUGAAAAUCUUGUUGCAAGUCCCUUGCAAGACUUCACACAGAGCUCUGUCGAUGGACUCAUACAAAGUCCUGGACAAGACCUUUCUGUACAAGAUUUUGUUCAAGUCCCUGUACAGGACCUUUUUCAAAGCCCAUUACAAGACCUGCAAAGUUCUGUGCAAACCUAUGUACCAGGGGAUGUGCAAAACUAUGUACAAAGCCCUGUGCAAAACCAAAUUUCCCUUCAAAACUGUGGAGACCUAUCAAACGAACUUCAGUGGAACGAAUGCUUAACUAGUGAGACUAAUAUUACUGUCACCAAAUCAUUGAAUCAAGAGACAGUACCCACUAAAAAGCAAUUGAAAACUUCCUCCAAAAUACCUUCCAAAAAUAAACCCUCAUUAACUGUCAAAAGUGUUAAAAGCGAUGAAGAUGAGGGGGAGGAUGACUACACGUGGCCUGGUAGUCUCUCUGAUGAAGAUUCUAGCAGACCAAAUGGGGAUAGUGCUUGCAAUAAAAGAAGGAAAAAACAAUCAAUUUCGUACGAGUGUGAAUAUUGUGGUCGAACUUUUUCAAGAUCCAAUCAUUUAAUGCAACAUGAGCUAACCCAUACCAAAGAAAAACCUUUCCAUUGUUCCUAUUGCGGGAAAGGAUUUUGGUAUAAAAAUUCUCUUAUUGGUCACAUCAAACAAACUCAUACAGGAGAUGUAAAUUAUACGUGUGAGGAAUGUGGAAGAGGAUUUUUCCAGCGUUCUGAGUAUAUGAGACACAAACCUAUUCACUCAAGUGAAACUCCAUUCAAAUGUGAUGAGUGUGACAUGAGUUUUAAACUCAUUAAAAAUCUUCGGAGACAUCAGAAGGUGCAUUCUGGCACUCGCACUCAUACCUGUCAGUAUUGUGGUAAAUCAUUCCGUAUGCGCCAAACUUUACGAGUCCACCUUAUUCUUCAUUCUGGGGAAAAACCAUAUAAAUGUGAACAUUGCGGCAGAGGGUUUUCACAAUCUGCUCCACUGAAGGCUCAUGUUCGAAUGCACACAGGAGAAAAACCAUAUGUUUGCAAAAUGUGUGGAGAGUCCUUUCAAACAGGCAAUUCUUUAAAAGCACAUGUUUUCAAACAUACUGGUAUUCAUCCAAAUAGCUGCAAAGAAUGUUCUUUAGUUUUUAAAAGGAAAAAGGACCUUGUAGAACAUAGAAACAAUGUGCACGAUGGAGCUGAAACAGAUCUUGUACAAGUUACACCUCAGAUACCAUUGCUGAGGUGUAAGUCUGAUAGAAACAAGCAAGUGCAUUCUCUUCAGAAUACUGAUUCUAAUGAGAGUGAUGAUGACCCAGAUGACCCUGAUUCAUUGUCAGAGGACUCUCAGUCUAGUGAUUCAAUUACUCAGCAUGAAGUAGUUAAACAUCGAUUGCCACCUAUAGUUGAACUUUCGUCACCUGUCUCUUCUCGCUUGAUGUCACCACCAUUAAUUGGGUCUCCAUCCGAGACAGACGAGCUAAUUUCUUCUACCAGUUUAUCUUAUGCUUAAUAUUCUUAUAUUUCCACUUUAGUGGAAGGCUUAUAGCUGUCUCAAAAGAGUAGUUGAAGAAGUACUGCUAGGACAUGUAUGUUGUUUUGGAAGAAAAACUUUUGAGAGGGAACCAUGUAAUGUAUCUUUGCCAUUGUAUCCAUCCCAUCAAUUUUCUUGGCAUGUGUUUUCAGUCCAAGUUUAUAUUUGUGAUAAUAUUUUUGUUGUGUCUGAUCUCAUCUGAUUAUUUAAUUUUUUUCUACCAAAUUUCAAUUUUUAUCAAGUAUUGAUACAGUAUUUGUUUGAUUCCUUCUGACUGUUCGUUUGAAGUCCAGGUUACCAUUUUUACUGGUAAUUUUGAUUUUUUUGAAUUUUUACUGGUAAUUUUGAUUUUUGAAUCUUAUAUAUUUUGUUUAAAUUUCAAAAGAGGAGAUGUUUGAACCACAUAAUUGUAGUAAUGUAUUGUUUUUUUGAAAAAUUUAGUAUCUAUGUACCUUUUUACUUAUCUUUACAACCCAGCUACAUUGAAGUUUGAUUGUGUACUCACAAUAUUGUUACAGUAAUAUGAUUUUUUUCUCUCUACUUAACAAUAAUCACAUUUUAUCUAAGUGUUUUUCUUUUGAUCUCUUUUAGGAUGCCGUACUUUUGUACUCGAGUUAGGAAGUUGAUGUUGGUUUGUUUAUGUAAUUAAGAGUGCCCCAGUUGUGUUCUGUCAAGUAAAGUGAAAGCAAAUGCCAUAUAUGUAAAAUUGUCAUUUCUACAGUUAUUUUACACUGAACAUUCCUUAUCUUUGUUCUUGUGUUCUUAUUGAAAGCUGAACAUUUUGACAUUUUUGACUAACACACUGUUGGAGUAUUUUUGAGCUUGUGAUAAUAAAUCUAAAGUGAUUUUGAUGUCAGUCCAAAUUA